AUGUCGACCGGGAAACGGCUCGCGAAGCGCUCCAUCAUCGGUACGCGCGUCGCGGCGCUCGGCGACGACGGACUCUACUAUUCGGGCAUGAUCCAGGCAGUGAAGACGCCGGCCCCGUUCCCGGAGAACAAUAACUGCAUCAACCUGACGCCGAACACUCGGUACACGGUGCGCUUCGACGGCGGCAAGGUGAGCCGCGAGUAUAGAGACGCAGAGCUGAUCGGACCCGGCUUCCGAGGGCUCACCGGCGUCCGCCUGCAGCCCGGCCAGCGCGUCUUCCUCACGCACAACGGCCGCGAGGUGCGCGCCGACGUGCUCUGCCACGACCACGAAACCGACGAGCUGCGCGUGCAAGUGCACCUACCCGCCGCCGAGAUAGACAGAAUAUUGAAACCGGACGUAUAUCGUCGACGUUUAAGCCGCCGCUACGAUUCGAACGCUCGCUUUCUACUCCGCAAGAGCGGGCGCUUCGGGCCGGUAAUAUGUCAGGCGAAGAGGUGUAAAAAUAAAUUGAGAGUGCGCGGCCGAGGAAUAAGGCCGCGACGCGGACGCCAGCCCCGGAACAGCGUAACGGUAUUCAUUACAAAAUCGCGUCGAGAAUUAUUUUCACGUGCGCCGGGCGAACCGUUACUCGACGGGGCCCAUGGAGAGCUCGGC